CUCUCAUUCACAUGAACUCUUCUCCUCCUUCUUCAAUAUUAACUAGUACCAGUACAAUCUUCCCUUUGAUUUCUCAGAUUUGACAGCGUAGCACCAUCAGAUCUGUUUUUUCUGUCAAGGUUCGGCAUCGCCGGAACAUGGACGGCGUUGGUGAUGGAACGAUUAAGUUGGGGACUCUCAGCACCAGACCCGAUCGCCGUUUCAAUUUGGACCCGCCCGAAGUCUCUGUUUUGUCUCCUGUCACUCGUCAGAAAGCCGCCGCUAAACAGUUCACCGAGAAUCACUACUAGAACUACCUCCAAGGGUUACAGGAUCGUAAAGAAAGGCGGCGAGAAAUGCAGAGGAAAGCGCAAGAAGCGAAUGUGUCGAGUGAAGAAGAAGAGGAGAUGAUGAGGGAAUUGGAACGCAAAGAGACGGAGUUGAUGAGAUUGCAGAGGCACAAAAUGGGAAUUGAUGACUUUGAGCAAUUGAUUGCGAUUGGUAAAGGUGCGUUUGCUGAGGUUUGGCUACGCCGUGCCAAAAGUACAGGAGAGAUUUUUGCAAUGAAGAAAUUGAAGAAAUCAGAUAUGCUUAGCCGUGGACAGGUUGAGUAUGUUCGAUCAGAGAGGAAUUUGCUAGCGGAGGUUGAUAGCCGGUGCAUCGCGAAACUCUUCUAUUCUUUCCAAGAUUCUGAUUUUUUAUACCUUAUCAUGGAGUACCUACCUGGUGGUGAUAUUAUGACGUUACUGAUGAGAGAGGAUGUUCUUUCUGAAGAUGUCGCACGAUUUUAUAUAGCAGAAAGUGUUCUAGCUAUUCAUUCAAUUCACCACCACAACUAUGUGCAUACGGACAUCAAACCAGAUAACCUGAUACUGGACAAAAAUGGCCAUUUAAAGCUCUCAGAUUUUGGCUUGUGUAAGCCCCUAGAUAAUAAAUAUUCGACAAUAUUGUUGGAAGAUGAAGAUUUUUCAACCCAGGAUUCAACACAUGACAAUGAAGGGCAUUCUAGCUAUGAGAGGCCUCCUUGGUUAAUGCCAAAGGAACAAGUACAACAGUGGAAACGCAAUCGCUGUGCAUUGGCAUAUUCUACCGUUGGAACUCUCGAUUAUAUGGCACCUGAAGUUUUGCGUAAAAAGGGAUAUGGAACGGAGUGUGACUGGUGGUCAUUGGGGGCAAUCAUGUAUGAGAUGCUCAUAGGCUAUCCACCCUUCUGUUCAGAAGAUCAAAGGAUGACAUGUAAGAAGAUAAUCAAUUGGAAAGCAUGCUUGAAAUUUCCUGAGGAGCCAAAAAUAUCAGAUGAGGCUAAGGAUCUAAUCUGUCAUUUGUUAUGCGAUGUUGAAACAAGGUUGGGAACCAAUGGCGUGGAAGCAAUAAAGGCACAUCCAUGGUUUAAAUGCAUUCAAUGGGACAUGCUAUAUGAAAUGGAAGCAGCCUACAAACCUACUGUCAGUGGAGACUUGGACACUCAGAAUUUUGAGAAGUUUCCUGAAGUAGGAGAUCCACCUUCCAUCCUACCUAGAGUGGGACCAUGGCGAAAGAUGUUGACAUCAAAAGAUUCUAAUUUCAUAGGGUAUACUUUCAAGAAAUCUGACAUCCCACAAUCAGUUAAAACUUCAGGUACAGACAUGAGAUCAAAUGGGUCUUCAAAGGUGCCAUCUUUAACGACCUUGUUUGGCCAGAUACGCUUGGAAGAAAAUGUCUUGAUGGAGGGUGAUGAAAAGGAGGGAACUUGAUCAUCAACAUUCAGUUGGCUUUAUACCAGAGCUAGCAUUCUAAAUUCUUCACGAGUGUAAUCUGAAAAGUAGUAGCUAUUAUAGAAGACUGAACUUGGUACAGAUUUCUGUAGAAAACAUGAAUAAGAAAAGGUCAACUUUCGAGUUGAUAUGAUUUUGAUCACAUUUUUUUGUUCUUCCCACCUCAAUUCUGUAAUGUAUAAGUGCCAAUGUACAGCCAAAAGUAUGUUCAGUUCAUUCCAAGUAUGAUCUCUCUCUCUCUCAUUUGUUGGCAACAUAUGUCCGGUUGAAGAACAAAACGUUCUAGUAUCAAAUUUCUUGUUCAAAUA